UGUGGGCACUUAGCCAGCUCCAUUAGUAUUAUUUUGUGUCCCAUUAGUCAGUAAAUGUGUCACACCUGCAGAGAGGGGAUUAUAAUCCUGACAGCAGCCUUCCUGCUACAACACCUAUAAAACCCCCCUCUGGCUAAUGUACCACAUGCUAACAAGGCAAACACAGAGCUCUAAUGGAGGCGAGCUGCAGAGUGACGGUGCAGGUGUUGUUGUUGGCGUUGGUGGUUCAGGUCACCCUGUCCCAGCACUGGUCCUACGGAUGGCUACCAGGUGGGAAGAGAAGUGUGGGAGAGCUGGAGGCAACCAUCAGAAUGAUGGGUACAGGAGGAGUGGUGUCUCUUCCUGAGGAGGCGAGUGCCCAAACCCAAGAGAGGCUUAGACCAUACAAUGUAAUCAAAGAUGAUUCCAGUCCUUUCGACCGGAAGAAAAGGUUCCCGAAUAAAUGAAGAGCCGCGAGAAACUAAAGAGAAGAGAAACCCUGACUGUACUUGUCGCCAUCAACAUCUUCGAGAUCAUCACAUUUAUCGCACAAGUGUCAGAUACAUGUCUGUCUGUUACAUCUGAACUCAUUUCAAACUGUAAUAAUAAAGUUUGGGGUUUUUUUUGGAGAAAAUUUGAUGGAACCAUCUCGUCUCUCAUGCGGUCAUUAAAUGAAAUGUCGCCGCUCGAGUGUAAAAUGCAGUUUUUUGAAGCCUUUAAACAGAUUAGUUUGUCUUUGUAAAGCAGCCACGACCGACAAGCAUGACAAACUUGUGACACAACAAUCUUAGCAUGACAACAGCUGGUGAUUAAGCCAAUUUAUUAGAAAUCAAUGACUUAAUUGAAUUUGUUACAGUUUUGGUAAUUCCAUUUUCUGCCACACCGGUCAUGUGCAUAUGUGAUGUGGAAAAUUACACCAGCUGA